AUGAAAACGCUACUCGGACAGAAAUUGGAUAAUAAACGGCUACAGUGUGUAAUCGAUUCGGCCGACAAGAAUGGGGAUAAAGUGCUCGAUUUCGACGAGUUCCUCGCUCUCAUCAAUCGAA